UGUGCACAAACGUGAAAUGCGGCGCGGCUGGCGGUGGUGGCUGCUAGGAAAGCAAGCGAGCGAACAAGCGAGCAAGCGAGCAAGCAAGCAGGCCGAGACUGCCCUCCUGUCUCCCCCACCCCAAGCAUGCCUCGCAGAGCCCAUGGCCUCCGUAUACACGGAGGAGAGUGAGGCAGCCCCAGCCGCUCCUCACGUCAUCCGCUGAGAGAGAGACGACGGGUCUCGACACGGCGAGGAGCAAUAAUUCUAACGAGCCAAGAUGGCGGCGGACACGGUGGCCCUGUCCGCGCUCACGCUCGCCAGGGGCGACAAGAUCCUCGUGACCGUCGAGUCCGCGCUACCGGACAUCAUCGUCGUGUCCUUCGUUCACGGUGCCAAGUGCUUCCAGGGCGCCUUGCUCGACGCCACCAAGAGAGGCCUACCGUGUGGCGUGCAACCCCCGGAACCUGUACCGGACCCGGAUGGCGACAAAUUGGCGACGAUAGCGGCUCGAUUCAGCUACUUUCAGGAGAGAAAGAACUCGCUGACUACCGCGAAAGUCGAUCUUCGUAGGAACAUCAAUCCGCCGGCCAGGUACAAGAAUGCACGGCCAACGGUCAGGCUCAGGCCACGCCAGGUGCUCUGUAGCAAGUGUAGAUCGAUCUGCAACGAGAACAGCGAGAACGUGGACGUCAGCAGAAAACGGAAGCACGACGAGAUUCAGCAGGAACAGCAGCAGCCGCAGCAACAGCAGGUCACGGGCCAUGGAUCCACUCGAAGAAGCGAUCGACGUUGUGGUCAGCAGCCGCAAAAAGCCUCGAGAAUACUGUUCUCUGAGUGUCAGUCCGAGAACAUCACGGUGUCAUCUCAUCAAACAGCGAAGUCCUCGUCGUCUACAGCACUCAGCCCCGAUUCGUCGAAGCUUGGAUCGUCUCUCAUCCCAAAAAUUUCGAGACUUCAACCAAACGAAAUCAACAAUGCCAUGCAAGCGAAUGAAAAGGUGAAGAUUGGCCCAUCGUACUGGAACAAUCGAGCCGAGGAGGGCGACUCAUCGGCGAACGCGAUGGAGCCAACAGAGGAACGCAUGGAAUCAACGGAUUGUGAUAGCAAUCCAUCAAUGGCGUAUUGUGCCACACCCAGAAGACUUAGCAGCUCCUCCGUGGAAAGUGCAAAAAUACCAGAAGAAGAGGAGAAAAAAACGUUCGCGGCCGCGGACUCGACAAUGAGGCCAAGAACGGGUCGCGUGCCGCGAAAGAAGCGAUCCGUCGGAUCUAUGGAGGAUCUAUGGGACGAGACAGUGUUCGAAGAUCCGACAAGGACAGCUAGAACCACACCGGUGAUUAAGAUCUCUUUCGGUGCUCAGGGUGAAGGGACUGUCUUGAAAAUACCCUCCAAGAUUCAGGAUCCGGAGUACGAGCAGGAAACUGAUGAAGCUGAGGAGGUGCAGACAGAAACGGAGAGAGAUCCGUUGGAAUUGCCCAGGAAUUUUGACAACGAUUACGAUUAUCGUGAGGAUGGAGAGGAAGAUGGACAGGAGCAAGUAGAUCCUCAGAAACAGGGUGUGAAGGACGCCAGUGCUAAGGCUGCGAAACGUGCACUGAAGAAGGCUAAGAAAGAGGCCAGAAGGAAAAUGCUCGGUGGAGUUUCGCCUGCGAGAUCUCCUUGCAAUGGAUCUCCACGUUACAAUCCUACGUACGACACAUUAUCGUAUCACCGUCGCAAGCAUAAAGUGAAGCAUAAAAAGAAACACAAGGAAGACCGUAAACACAAGAGCCAACAGUCGCAGCAUCAGCAGCCUUGUUUGGAAUCCGGAAGUACCGAGAAUCAGCAGAACUGGAACGUCCUUCCGGGCAGCGAAUCGUACACAGCGAUAAAGGAGCAGUGCCUGAAGCAAAAACUAUCCAUAUCUCUGAAGAGAUUGAAUACAAACGCUUACGCUAGAUGUGAUUAUCCUGAACCUGAAGUCGACGCCGGCGAAACUGCUCCGGACUUUCCACCGCAGUCUCAUCCUUUGAUGAUGCGUCUUGCCGCGACGCCUGUCGAACAUUGCCUCACUGCUAACGGUAGAAGAAUGGACGUUGGUGACGUGGUGUGGGGAAAGAUUCAUGGAUUUCCUUGGUGGCCUGGAAAGGUUCUCAGCAUCACAGUUUCUUGUAAAGAGGAUGGUACGUCGUCCGGACCGCAGGCUCACGUCGCCUGGUACGGUUCUUCGACAAGUUCUCUAAUGUCGUGUGACCAGUUGAGUCCAUUUUUAGAAACAUUCAAGACGCGGUACAACAAGAAGAAACGAGGUCCGUAUAAGGAAGCGAUACGACAGGCACAGAAUGAAGCCCGAAGUCAAAUCACGCCUAACUCGACGAGUAGCGUUUUAAACGUGUGUAGCUCACCGCGUGAGGUCAACGUUCUCUCCUAAGGGAAGGUGCACGGCGCUCGACACCAUUCCUUUAACUGCCGGGUAUUCGUCGUCGGAGAUUGAUUCUAACGGCGGAUCGAAAUCGUCAUGUAAUAUAUAAAGCAAAUUUUUGUACAUAAUUGACUUUAGCAUUAAUGGAAUAGCUCUUGAUCGAUGUUUUAAUUCAGUUGAGUCGCGCUUGCUGUCGUCGUCCAUGUUAAAUAUGGUCAAACUAACGGCGACACCAACGCUGAAUGAAGUUUACUGCCACCACUGGCUGUUUUUUUUUAUCCUCAGCUUUUUUCGAGCGAACAUUUAGCGUGUAAAAAGUAUUUAGGUAGGAUAUAAUCUCUAGAGAUGACACGUCAGCUCUCGAGGAAUAAUUUCGUACUACACUAAAGAAAUAUGUCUAUGACUUCUCUUUGAUAGUUAGACACAGACAACAUACAUAUACGUUAAAAUCACACGGGUGUCGUCACUGUACAUUAAACAUCUCAUUGAUUACUAAAUCAUUAUUUAGCGAUGAUCGUUUACUUGAAUUCUUUAUAUAUAUGCAUAUACAUACAUAUAUAUACAUACAUAUAUAUACACAUACGCGUAUAUAUCUGUAUUAAUAAUUUUAUUGUGAUCAUUGUGUCAAGGACAAGUGUGUAGUAUAUAUCCAGUGCGGGCAGUGAAUCUUCGAUACGACCCGUAGACGUUUCGGAAAUCGUUUACGACUCUAUUCGUCGCUUCUUUAUAAUUAACAUAUUUGAGAAUAUGGACAAUACAUUUUCGACAAGUCGCAAAUUCAUUCAUGACACUUUAAUUACUGUUUGGCGUGUAGAAUCGCUGAAUGUUUAAAAAGCUUUAACCGAGAAUGCUAUAACGUUUAAUCUUGUAAAACAGUGUAUAUUUUACGUGCUAAGAGAGUAAUGGACAACCGAAAUUUUUUGUAGCGCUGCAUUCCUUGCAUUCUUUAUUAUCUAAAAUCAACUUUCCUUGAAAGUUUCGUUUACGCUUCAUACCAACACUGCCAAGGAUUGAUAUUCGUUUCAGUCUUCUUUCGUCGACGAUAAUCCUUGACGAGUCGACAGUUGUGAAUUCCAAAUGUCCAAUGCUUCACAAACGGUCGAUUAUCCAAAUCUUCACUUAUAUCAAUAUUUACGGUAUCCAAUGUUAACUUGGCGAUAAAAAAAUGAUAAAAGCGUGUCUCAGUCUGCUACAAAUAUUCUCUUCUUUCUCUCGAAUUUCUUCCAUCCUUCUUAUCUCUCAAGCUCGACGUUUCAUUAUUACAAUAUUCGGUUAUUUUACAUUCAUCGAGCCGUUUUUUUUUCAGAAACGUUUCACCGUGUAUCCGUAAAUUUUCGUGAUUAAUUUCUGGACAAAUCCAUGUUCUAUAUUCAAGUUCUAUAUUUUCUCUUUACCAGUCAUUAUAUUUGGGGCCGGCGUGACGUUUUGCGGAGCCUGAAUAUACAUUCAAAUCCUACACUUAAAUUUUACAACGAAGAAUUAUUUAUUUACAAAUGCUGUUACAUAUUAUAUAUUUUUUAUAAGCAGUUUUUUAAUCAAGUCCAAGUAAUAUUUGUUCGCAUCUAUAAUUCGCUUUCAAGGGGCAAAAGUUCAAUGAAAGUACAAAAUCUGUAGUCAUGUACGACUUUUGCAAAAAAACUAUUGUUGUAGUUUAAUUUCUCUAAAAAGUACAUUUCUCUGAAAGCGCCUGGAUUUUUUUAUCUCAUGUAGUUUCCAGGAUACGAGGAUUUUAUAGAGUUACACUAAACUUUGAUGACUUUUGUCACUCUUUUAAAUUGAAUCAUCGCCAUUAAAAAAAUGUCCUACAUUUGUUAAUGGUAUCGUCAUUCUGUAAAAAAUUAAUCAAAAUCGGUGUUUUUUAAUUGGGUAAUUUUGGGGCCGGGUUCCGGCGAACGCGCUGAACCUGCCUUGCGCUGGCCCUCAUCAUAUUCCUAUGUCUGAACGAACAGAGGUGCAAAUGAGAAUGAAGGGAAAAUUCGAUCGACUUCGUUCUAAAAUAUUUCCCUGGGGAAUAUGCGUGAUUUGAGUAGCAGGGAAUAAAAUAAGGGAGACGAGAGGAUCGUCACGCGACGAACACGUCAAUAUCACGAUAUCGAAUCUUUAUUUCGAUAUCAGUAAUCACGUGCGAGUCAGCUGGAUGUUUGCUCUUUGCUUUAAGAUAGAUCUUCAUCAAAUCUCCAGACCGUCGUUGGACAGACGUUCUCAUCUCCAUCUCCUCUUUUUUUUUUUAUUUUCGUUCGAACUUUCCUAUCUUUUUGGUCGUCGUUCGAUCUUCGAAUAAAAAUGAUCUUGAAGCUCGAUCCUUUCGAGAACUGCCUAAUGAAUCCACGAUAUUUUCUUCUUCGUUGAAUCUAAAUACCCUCCUUUCACUUAUAGCAAGUCCCAUAACUAUUCAAAGACAUUGUUUCAGGAGAAACGAACUUUCUCCGUAUCUUCGCGUUCGUCUUCUGACUUUUUCUCAUAAAUCCUCGAUUCUCGUCGUCGAUACGAAGACAUUUGUAUAAAUAUCGCGCUUUAUCUCGUUUUAGAGGAAAAAUUCACGAAAUGAAUUCGAUGAAAUAUUCAGUGAAAGUAUGGAUCGUAAUUUCCGGCGCUUUGUAGAAGCAACAUCGCGCGCUUGGAAAAAUUUGUACGAAGAAAAAGGUACUGUACAAGGAAGAUAGCAAUUAAAAAAGAGAAGGCAUACAAUUCGUUUCAGUGGAUAACAUUGAACGUAGAGGUAGAUUUUUGUUGGUCGAUAAGCUUUCUGAUACGAUCGUAGUUCGCGAAUAGACGAUUAAUGGUUGUUUGAUUUCUUGAUUAUCACCGACCAAUUCUUCCGCAGAAAGCGAAAUAUAAUCAGAGAUUCGAGUUGAAUUGGCCUGGCGAUAGUCGGUAUAACGAUAACAGAUAAUAAUAUAAAUUUUUAUAUUGUCAUUUUUUAAGUGAAAGGGCGCUAGUUAAGAGCCCUUCUUUUAAAUUAUUGUUUAAAAUUUUUAUAUUUUCGUACGUAGCGUAUCAAAUAUUUUUUAUUACAAAUCUCUUUAUGUAGCAAAGUAUCCAACGCUGUUACGUUAUAUUUUUUUCUCGAGUCCGGUCGUAGCGCGUAAACAAUAUCUUUUUAAAAGUAUAAAUUAAUUGAUUAAUUGAAAGUGAUUGGAUUGUAACAUAUGAGACAUUUGUUAGCUACUUGGUUCCCUUAAAUCAUUUGUCAAACAAAGUGUUCAUCGUUUGAGUGAAACGAAUUAUUUAUGAAUAAUUACAAUGUUUCGUAUUCUAUUUACGAAAGACUUGUCCAUGAAGUGUUCAUGAAAGACUAACGUAACGAAUUUUUCUCGAAAUGUAUAUAUUUGUCAGUAGGAAAGUUAGUUUCCUUAAGAAAAGUCGUUCAAACGAGGGAAGGAACGAGAAAUUAAAGUAGGAUCUCUUGAUUUUGUUUCCAAAAGCGUUGUUAAAUAUUUCAUUGUUUAGUUGAACUUCAAAUUAUCUAUUUUUCGCACGUUGUUGAUUUUUUUAUUGGCUAUUUAUAAUAUUUAUUUAUAACUCCAAGCAUCGAUGAAUCGAAUUUUACUAUUUACUAUUCCAUUUCUGGUACAUCGUUCCUUGGCGAGUUAAUACAAGUAGAAAGAUAUAAGUAACGAGUUAAUUCCACUCUAAUAUUUUCCCUAUAGUUUCGCAUCUAAUGCUCGAAUAAUGAUUACUCUCCCAAUAUUCCCAUAAAUAAACAUUUCAUAUGUUACAAUCCAAUUGAGAAAAGAAACUAAAUAAUAGAAGAGAAAAAGAGAUACGAUAAUUUUUCAUUACGAGCAUCGACUAAUUUCGCAAUCACCGAUAUAUGUAUAACACACGUGAGGGAUAUUUAAACCAAAUAACGUCCAGGAAAAAGACAUUGCCUCUAACCCUCUAUAACUGGAUUUAUCCUCGAUCUAUCCGGCUAAUUACAGAUUUGUAUUCGAAUAACGUCGAGAAGAGAAAUUAUCGAUUUCUUUUGAAACUUUUAUGUAUAUUCAUUAAGCGACACAAAAAUUAAAACAUUGACAUGUUUCGUUUUGUAAGGCAGGAAAAAAAGGAAGAUAAAGUAAAUAAGAACCGUAAAAAAAUAACCUGUUAUUACGGAGGGUUAAUUUACGCGAAAGAUCUUUUCUAUCGAUAGAAACAGCAAAGGACUGAGGCAAGGCAGAAAUAUUAGACGUACGUGAAUAAUACAUUCGUGAAAAUUAGCCGUUAAAACGUUGAUCGUGCUUGUUAACGAGGUUUAAAGAGGUACUUGCGUGCACGGAUGAGAAAGAGAAAGAAGAAUGAUCGAAGAGUAACGAACGUUCGGCCGGAUAAAAGCUAAAUAGAUAAAUAAUAAGCGAAUGUGAAAUAUGUGUGAAUGUGUUUAAGCGCGAAUGAAUGACAAGGAAAGGGAUAACAAAGCGAGAAGCCAAGAUGUUUUUAAGUAACUGUGAUUUUUCAGAUGUAUAUUAUACAUAAAUAAUGACGAAUUAAUUUCUACGUGUAUUAUAAUGCAAAACGACGAAUGGUAAAUACGAUGAUGUAUCGAUGUGUCGCUUGUGUCCGUACGAACGUUGUAGAAUAUUAUUUCGACUAACACAUAUCGGGUAGAGAAGUGUUUGGCGGCGAAAUAAAUUACCGCUAUUAAUUAAUCGUCAUCGAUUCAUCGUUAUUCGAUUCGUAAUUAAUUAAUCGAGCAUUAUCAUUACGAAUAUAGGUAUGCGCGAGUCGUGGUACGUUGCCUAAAAAAAUCUUUACGUAUAUACAAUACUUAUACAUACACUGGACACGUUCACACUUACAUAGAGUUCGAUUGUUAAUUGCUUGCAUAAUUGUAUAAGAGAGCCACGUGUCAUCUAUGUAAUAUCAUUGUAUUCAGUAAUACACACGUAUACACACGUACACGCAGACACGAGUACACACACCGUAGAUUUAUUCUAUACUUUUCGUCGCCUCCCGUCGAAAGAGUCGCUGUUCGCUAUUUUGCGAAUUCCUCUACUUUACUUCUUCUUUCCUCCCUUUUUUCCCCUUCUUUUUAUUCCUCACCCCCCUUUUUUUUUCUUGCAAUCAACCCUUCACGAACUGUUCCUAAAGAAAACGCCACUGUACCACGCUGAACCUAUCGUUGAGCAGAAAAUAAACUGCGUAUAUAAGUACGCGUGCAAAGCGAAAACGCAUCGUCUUUCGAUUCUCGACGAUGCUUUCCCUCUCGAUUUCUGAGCUAAGCGAUUAGCUCUGGAUUAGGUACUUAAAUAAUCGACAAUAGGAGAUAAUGUUAUCGUCGUUCAAUCCUCGGAGCAUAAAAAUAAAGUCUCUAUCUAUUUAUUUUUAUCGUUAAUCGUUUCUAAUGGGAAAACGGUGUCUCGUGAAUUUUCUUUUAAGCUAAUACACAGAGCCUUCUGUAAUUGUGCGAGGCUCAUGCGUCUAUAUAUUUCUUAAAUUUCACUUUGUUUCUUUAUCACUACGCUGUUAUUCUCUGUUACGUGAAUCGCAUUCACGAAGAAUGCGCAUAAUAUUAGCGAAAGAAGUAACUUUCUAAUUAGGCUUCAUCCCCUUGGUUGUGUUUAAAACACACACACAUCUAGCGAUAGAUAAGCUAAAAAUCAGGUAAACUAGCUAAUUAUCUUACUAACACCUUCAAUUCGCUACAAAUCUAGUAUAUGUACAUUCUAAAACUCACAAAGAAGCUAUUUUCUAAACUAAAAUAUUCUCAAAGAUCUUUCACAGGAUUUAUAAUUCUAGAAAAAAGAAAAAAAAAGAAAGAAAAGGAAUCUCUAUUUAGAAUUUCGUCCUCGAUUCUGGGAAGAAUGUGAAAGGCGUAGAGUUUCAAGAAUUUCUAAAGCUCCAAGGGUUGGACGUCGAGUAAAGGACGUGUACUAAUUGUCGCUAUUGUUUUAAAUAGCGGCAGCUUGAUUUGCAUAUAGCCUAGUUGACCGCACAGCGAAUCGAUCCCGGUCCUACGUUUUCCUCGCGAUUUUCCGCUGCUCGACGUAGGUGCGGCCCUAUCCUGAGAAAAACAAGUGUUCAUUUUUCGACGAAAAUCCACUAUGUGGAGAACGAACCGCGUACGCGCAUGCGUGCAAGCGUAUGUUUUAAAAGCGCGCGCGCGUGCAGAGGCGAAUGAUGAAUUUUCGGGGAGUCCCCGAAAGAGGACGAAAAAGAAAAAAAGAAAAGAAAUAAGUAUGUUUCUAAACGAUAUUACACGAUUAGUCGAGGGAAAUAGAUCCGUAUAAGUACAAAUAAACGAGCCUGAAUGAAUGUUUCGAUAGAGGGCAACCCUGUUUUCCUUUUUAUAACGAAAAAUACGAGGAACCAUUUAUAAAUAGUUUUUUUGAAUAAAACGCGGUUAAUAUAAAUAAAUAUUCUAACAAUGAUUAAAAGUCUUUUUAUGCUCUUUCGUUGCUGUAGCGAUGUAGAAGCGAGAUCUUUUAUCAUACGAUUUAUUUUUGUCGAUAAACUAAUGGUAUAAUUGUUAAGACAGAAUGGAAAGGAGUCGAAUUUUCUCUAUACGAUAUAUGUAUAUUUAGAAGAAAGAUCAAAGUUGAGCUUCAGGUGGCAAUUGUGUUCAAAAUGUCAGAUUUAAGUGGAAUUCUUUGUCAUAGCUUGUAUCUUGAUAGUAAGUGUGUAGUAUGCAUAUGAGGAAAGAGGUAUAACAUGCGGAAGGCUAAUUGUAAGUUUCUUUCGAGAUCAUUUUUCGAGAUAGUGGAUAUAUUCGUUGAAACAACACCAUGUAAUAAUCCACGAAAAUCAAAUUUUCACGCCAUAUUCUCGUUUGCGUCGUAGGGAUUUUGGUGCAAUAAGUAAAAAGAUGAGAAUAAAUGAAAAGAAAAGAAUCCUCUAUUUACUGUAUUUUUAAAUCGGCACGAUUACGUUUUCCUUGAGUGUUCUGUCGUAAAUAAAAUUGGGUGAGAUAUUCUGAAUUCUAUUCUUAAUAUAUAAAUCGGAUACACGAAGAUGGAACGAUUAAUAAAAAUUUCACUGUAUCAAACGUA